CUGUGACUCGUGGGUUUGGUGGCGUAGCUGGCAAUCUCUGGGGUCUACAAAGGGAAAGGGGGGGGGUCUCCGUUUCUACAAGCAAGCACAGCUAGGAGACCACGCUGCAAACAGCCAAAAGUUUCCAAGGUCCCGAGACCCUCAGGGAGUUCUGGAAGUUUUCCUGCGCUCAGACCUGCCAGCGAGAGAAUCACACGGGUGGCUGCCGUGGUCCGAAGAGCCAAGCAGAAGGAGAUCCACCCACCGUGCUCUUGAGAAGGGGAUGCCAGGCUGUUCCAAGUGGUUGGGUGCUGGCGAAGAGGCCUUGCUCACCACACGUGCCAAGGGAGGGCAGCCGGACCGCAUUCCUGGGCUGGCUCUGCUGAACGCCUCUUGUCGCCCCCAAAGUCUUCCUUGGAGAGUCCCGCUGAGAGUCCUGCAUUCUGGGGAGAGACAGAGAAAGGGGUCCCUGGCCACUCCUUCGCAGGACUGAUAGCCUGCCUGGCUGGCAGCGCCAAAACCACCACACAUGGCCAGCGAUGGAGCACGCGGGGUCCGCUAGUUGCUAGGACCAUGAAGUUUUGGCUAUGGGGAUAUCUGGUCUGAUUCCUUUCCUGUUAAUGUUGGAGUUUCUGGUCCCGCCGGCUUGGCUGACUCCCUUGCAGCCCAUCUGCGACCCCCGAGUCAUGGACAAAUACAUCCUAGAAGCCCAGCAGGCUGAGCAAGACAUCGGGAGCUUUUGUGCCACUUCCUGUGCCUUACUGGAGGCCGUCCUGGUGCCGGACACCAAGGUGAAUUUUCUCGAGUGGAAAAUGAUGACUAGAGCCAGGCAGGCAUCGGAGGUCUGGGGAGGCCUGGCCCUGCUCCUGACGGCCUUGGGCCGAGCGCAAGAAGGCCCGCCUGCCACGCUGCCCUCUUUCCGGGACCAGGUGGCGAGGAUGAGCAGCACCUUGCUCAGCGUCAAGGAGAUCCUCCGCAGCGUCAACGUGGAGGCAGAGGCCCGAUCGCUGCAUGCGGCUCCAACUCCUUCGUUGACCAUCCACACCGUGGAGAAACUCCUCAGCAUUUACCUGAACUUCCUCCGUGGAAAAGCCAACCUGUACGUCACCGAAGCCUGUCGGAGCUACGCCAGGUGACAGCGGGGGACGGGCACCUCUUACCAAUCUGCCCGCAGCCCCCAUGGCAGGAGGGGCCCCCCCGGGUCGCCAGCCAGCAGUGCAAGUGACUGGCAAACGUUGGUCGUGUAGAGACAGGCAGGCACAACUCCUUGGGCAUGGCGCUGCACCGUGUGUCGGAAACCUGCACGCUCCCACCUGCUCAGGAGCGCCAGUGCUCCGUCCCACGCUCCGUCCUUCUGAUUGCACAAGUGGAAGCCACAGCUGGUGGGCGCGCAUCUAUGCCAAGAGGCCAGGCAUCCAAGGAGCCACUCGGGCCUUGAACGAGGAAGAGCAUCAGGGCCCUGGAGUCUGCUGAUCCCACGGGCCUCUGCUGCCACCUGCUCUCAGCCUGGCUAUGGCUGUGGAGGCCACAGGUGGGCUGGACUCACCUCCUUGGAACCGGCUGUUGCAUUGGCCCAGGCCUGGAGGGGUUGCCAGCCCCAUGCAGCCUCUUGACUCCUGGUUCCUGGCAGGCAGCACCCACCAGACCACUCCUGCCAAAUUCCAGGUCCAGUUUACCGGUCUGCCCACAGCCUGGCAGCGGCUGUUCCCUGAAAUCCACUAAAGGGAGGAUUGGAGGGAGUGACUGGGAGGCAGGACUUGGUUUGGGAAGGGGUUACAAACAAGACAUUAGAGGACAUUUUGGAGAACCAACUGGAGCAGCACUGAUGCCCACGCCAAGAGGAGCGACGGACGGCUGCCGUUCGACGGCACCCCCGGGCCUGUUUUGCGGCUCCUCCCCAGAAAGAGGAAAGGGGCUCCGGAAUCCGGCGCCGGAGAGGUCUUUGUACAUACGUCUACAGUUUUGUUCCAAGGGACUUUGGGAGAGUUUAUAUUUGAUAUUAAGUUAAAGGGGUAAAAUGUUCUGUGUAUUUAUGUUGUCACAGCUUCAGCAGAAGUCGGGUUUGG